AUGCAGGGUUUAGCUUCGGCCGUCCUGGCAAGGCCGUACUGCGAGCCUGGGAAGCUGGCUUGGCUGGCCACCACAUGCAUCUUGCUGCUUAGAGGGUCAGAUGCAGAGCAAGCGCUGGAGUGUGCCAGCUCGUUGGAUGAGGACUUGCUUGGACAGAUGACGGUGCUCAGCUACGAGACGAAGCACAACACGCGCUUCCACCUGGUUCUACGCAGCCCGUGGCCGGCCUUCCAAAUGGUGGACCUGCUUGCUCGGCUCGUCCCAGAGAACGGCAGCACCCGUCUGGGAGCCUGCAGGAAGAACACCAAAUGGAACAGUGACCCGGAUGUCUUUGACUGGCCACAGUUCAAACGACUACUUUCUGAAGCUGUGGACGAGCUUGUUGCUGACGAAUCUGUGUUCGAAUUAAGGUCCUCGGAUGGCCCGCUGUCUCAGCAGUAUGCGGCCCGCUGGCAUCGAAUCCACUCUCUGCCGGCCAUGAAGGAAGUUAUUUACUUCUCCCACGAUGUCUUUGACGCGUAUCGGCAGCAUCACUACCAAGCUGGCUGUCACUUGGGAAUCAUCUCUUGCUACAUAUUACAGAUAUUUGUCGUGCUGCUUCGCGACAUAGAAGGCCGGCUACACAAGCAAGUGGCCAGCGUUGCUCAGCUCGUAAACAUCUACGGCCCAGUGCAGCAGGCCGCGAAGACAGACUGGCCCGUGUUUCGGCUCCUGCACUUCGCAAGCUUGUUGCAACGAGCACAUCCUCAUGACGUUUGGAAGGGCAACCAGGAUAAUGCACGCUCAGCUGCAAAAGAUGCUGCCAAGACUUUGGUGGCAAAUGUGGAAAAGGCCGCCAAAGCCAUAACUGCGCCAAUAUCUUUUUUGACGUCCGCUUGGGGAUGGAUGUCAACGGUUUUGGACACUUGGCGUGACGUGUGUGUGCCUCUUUUAUGCUUGCGAGUCACACCGUCACAUCUAAGGACAUGGUGUUGA